AUGGAGAUUACGCUUCAGCUGGAAGCGGUCGGCUUGAAGACCAGCUUGAAGCUCUACUUGGACACUACUCGCCAGCAACUGGCCGGCCUGCAGCACAUCAAUGCUCUCUUGCAGAUGUGCAUCGCGGAAGUGGAGUUCGACCCAGACCAACAACCUGCCUGGAGGGAGCUACAGAAGCGCACCGAAAUCCUUAAGGUGAUGAGGAAUCGAAUCCGACUCGGCGGUCGCCGUUGGGCACCGGUCCUCUCGCCGAUCCCUUCGCCGGAG